AUGAAGCGUCAGUUGCGCACGAAGAGCUCUCAAAGAAGUGACCAAUUGUGUGAUCAAUGCAAAAAGCGCAAGAUAGGAUAUGAUCUUGAAGAUUUUGAUGGCCUGAAUACCAGGGUAGUUAGCAUCGAAGGUGCUGUUUCUCGAAUUGCACAGUAUUUGAACAGCUCCCAUUCAUCAAUCGCAUCUUCUACCUCCACUGCUUCUCCAUAUCACGAGGUUAUCGAUUUUUCUAUUCAUGCUUCUAUUUCUGAUGAUCCAUUUGGAAACAAUCAAUCAGGCCCACAGCCAAGGAUAUAUGACCGAUCUUCACAUCGAUUCAUGGAUGCUGCUGGCGACGAAGGAUUCUAUGGACAGAGCUCCGCUUACGCUUCUUUUGAUUGAACAAAAGUACGGUUCGAAAAGAAAGCCAACUCCAAAAAUUAUGGCAAUUUUUCCCUUAUUGACAUAUUAAUUGCGAGCGACCCAAAGGUGUCAUCCACGCUGCAGAGAUUCACAGACCUUCCCAAAACGCUGCCAAUGCCACAGCCGUCGGAGGUUGAAAGCGAUUGCAAGCCUAUAGCUUUACCAUAAAGAGCCUUUUUGGAAGUUAUACUAGAGUUUUACUUUAAAGAAAUCAAUGAUCCAUUGCCAAUCUUUGACAGAGGUAUGCUAUUGAAAGCUAUAGAUGAGCAGUAUAGUAUAGGCUGUGGACAUCUCCUCCUGGGGCUCCCUCAAAAGAUGAAGACCUCAUGUUCAUGCUCUUGAAUAAUGCCAAGAGAUCUUUCUCAAUCUUGGACACUCUUCUCAAGCCGCGGAUAGC